GGAAAGUAGAAGAAAGAGAAAAAUAAAGCAAAGGACAACAGUAAAAAAAAGAAAGAAAGAAGUGAAAGGAGAAAAGAAUUUCGAGGUUCCAGAAGUGCAGUAUAUUGGGCAGACAGUAGUUGACACCAUGGCCACGAGUGUACCAAUGGUGACCUUCCUGAUGCUGCUGCUCGCCAUCGCCUUCUCCACUCUCUACCUCAGCCACUGCCUCGCCCCCUCUCAACACCUCCCACAGACAACCGACCUCUACCUUCCUACCACCGCCAGGGAUGAAACCAGCACCCUUACGGACACCCAUACGGACGGUGGAAGUGAAAAGGACUCCCCUACGGACGAUGAAGGUAAUGAGGACUCCUCUACGGACACCCAUACGGACAGUGGAAGUGAAAAGGACUCCCCUACGGACGGUGGAGGUGAUGAGGACUCCAUUAGGUUCCCUGAAGAUGAAAAGGACACCCAUAAGGAUACGGACGAAGUAGCAGUAUCAACAACAAAAACUGUUCCGACGCCACGACAGCUUACCACCCGAGACAGGGUCGAGGAUGAGCCUUCAAAGACGACCUCUAACAGCGCCGUAAAUGAGUCAUCGAUGACGACCUCUGACAGCAGCGUAAAUGAGUCUUGGAGGACGACUCCUGGUAGCAGCGUAAAUGACUCUUGGAGGACGACUCCUGGUAGCAGCGUAAAUGACUCUUGGAGGACGACCUAUGACAGCAGCGUGGAUAAGCCUUCAAGGACCACCUCAAACAGAAUCUUGAACAAAACCUUACACUACCGGAUCGAGAAGAAUAUCCAAGAGAAGGAGCAAAUAUAUAAUAAUAACAACAAUACUAAUAAUAAGGUGGAGGAUGAAGGGUCGACAAGGACAUCUGACAGUGGCCUAGACGACGCCUGGUACUCGAGGGUGGGCAGUAGGUUGUGGGAGAGAGCCAGGAGGGUGAAGGAGGUGUGUGCUAUGUACGGUGAUGCUGGCCAGAGCCUCAAGACCACCAGCUGGAAGUUUUUGUACUACUCCUCCAGGUACAACCUGAUGGUGUGCGUCGCUCCCAAGGUGGCUUCGUCUACCUGGUUUGGUCACCUGCUCACGUUUCGAGGAGUUUUCCCCCAUGACGCGAGGAACCUGCACACGGACUACUGGAAGAGCUUCAUCAAGUCUCAGAAGGUACUCGGGAAGAUAGGAACCAGCCACCACCUCCGCACUGCCAACACCGUCAUCACCUCAAGACACCCACUAGAGCGUCUCCUCUCAGUCUACAGGGAUAAGUACUUAGGUGGACGGAGCUUACCACCAGGUUCACACGGCACCAAAUGCUUCAGGUACUUCUGGAGACCAUUACUAAAAGCCUUAAAUAUAACCAAACCAACACCCUACAUCACCUUCAACGACUUCCUACGCUAUGUGCUGAAAAACCACCACCAACACACUCUUGCAAACCCACACUGGAUGAGGCUCCUCAGUGUGUGUUCCCCCUGCCACGUCGCCUACAAGUACGUCCUGAGGCUAGAGACUUUUAUAGAGGACCUACAGUAUCUCUCAAGAGACCUUAACAUCACCUCUCUCGACCUACAGAUGAGACGCAAUGUGAAGAGCGACGACAAUGAUACAUCACCGUCGUCAUCGCCUUCGUCUUCGUCAGCAUUGUCGUGGAAGGAGGAGUCGACGUCUCUGCUCAAGAACUCGACCUUACGGUACUACCUCAGCGUCCCCCCCUCCCUGUUGGCUCAAGUCCUCGACCUAUACAAACUCGACCUGGAGAUGUUUGGUUACCAGGUCCAGAAAGUGUUGACCCAGUACGCUAGAGGUCAAGUCAAACCGGCUCCUCAACGACUGACCCGGUACGCUAGAGAAGAUCAGGUCAAACCGGUUCCUAAGCUGAAGAUUAACCACCCUUACACUAACCUACCCUAACACUAACUUACCCUAACACUAACCUACCCAAACAUUAUUCCAACCAACCCUAACCUAACCCAA